AUGGAAGGUGAAAUCCAGGAUCUGCUGGAGGAGCUGGACCUCCACAAAUUCAUCCACGCCGAUCUUCAAGACAACCGACCCAAUGACAGUUUUGCUAUCGCAGAGGCUAUGGAUAAGAUCCAUGAGCUCGAAACCCAGGUCGCUCGACUACUGGGAGAGGAGGCACCUGCUGUGGCUCCACGGACUGCCCCGACUGCCCCGACUCCCCCGGUGUCUAGAGUUGAUACUCCUGUUACACCUGCCACCGCUGUGUCUGCAAAUACUCCUCACCACUCGUCCUCGGAUGCCCGUGGACAUACUCAUCCCUCCUACAACCUGGCUGCUUCUCCGGUGAGACAUAGUACACAAGAACUGGCAGAUUCUAGGUCUGCCCCACACUGGCCAUCUUCCGCUCCUUCUCCCUUCGGCACUGCAUCCAGUCGGCCCGGGUUUCCUGCGCCUAGUCCCUUCGACAUGACUCGGAAAAGACCGCGACAGGACUCAUUCGGCUCGUUGGCUCCUAUGCAGGUAUCGAAGCGGGCUGUUCUGGAUAACACUAGAUCCCGGAUGGCUGAAAUCGACGAAACCAUGGAGACACAGCUAGCUCAGAACCGCCAAAUCUAUGCAAGCCUGUUAGGGGACGAGAAUGUGCGCGACGUGGCCAGCUUGGACAACAUCUCGGAAGACCAGGCUCGGGAAAAGAUUAUAGGGGACCAGAAGGACAGUGAGCAAGAGAUUAGACAGCAGUUCCAGCUGGAACGGGAUGGAGAAUUUGCUCGCAUGUUGCAGGCACAGCAAGAUGAGUCGAGUGAUGAUGAACGCGGCUUUGACCGACGAGAGCAACCUAGUUCAAUGGGCCAUGCAACUCCAUCGACAUUCAGUGCAGGUCGACCUUUGCCGCCAUCGACUUUCAAUCUCCCCGACCGAACCCAUCUUAGUGGCCUUUCGAAUGGCUUUUCGAGCCUGGGAGACCUGAGUCGCAGUGGAUUUGACUUCUCUUCUAACCCUCCAAUACCGAGGCAAGCGGGCGACAGGGCGCUUUUCAUGCCGCCAAAUAAUUUUGAUGGACCAAUGCCAAAGUCAUGGAGGUUACCGCCCGUCUCAGCACUGGGUUUUAAUGACGAUGAUGACCUCCAAGAAAUUACUCCAGAUGUUUUUAACUCCCGGUUUGGCAGGCCGUCCCAAUUCGUUCCUGCGAGAACUCUUCCUGGGGGACCCAUGCCUGGCAGGGUGCUUCCGUGGAUGCAGGAGCCUGAUCCCCGCGCGCGUGAAAUUUAUAUGCGCGACCCAUACAUGCGUGAUCCGAAAGCCGUGGAAAGGGCCAUGGAUCUGGUUCGCGACCAGAUGGAGCUCGAUAUGGAUGAAGAUGACCUUGCGUAUCUCUCCCUCAAUCCAAAAAUACGCCGGUCAAAUACUAACGUAUAUGCUUAUAGACAUUAUGAGGAAGCGGAUUUCCCUGAAGACAUUAAGAACUUGAUCACCGGUAUCAAGGACAUUCGCGAGGCCACAAAUGCAGACAAAGAUGACACGCCAAGUGGACUCAAGGUCACGUUAAUGAAGCAUCAAAAAAUUGGUUUGGCAUGGAUGAAGGCCAAAGAAGAAAGCAGUCACAAAGGAGGUAUUCUCGCGGAUGAUAUGGGCCUGGGCAAAACAAUUCAGGCCAUCGCUCUCAUGGUUGCUCGUCCAUCCACGGACCCUGAACAACAUCCCGUUCUCAUCGUAUGCCCCAAAGCUCUCAUGGAUCAGUGGCGUUUAGAGAUUCAACGCCACAUACGACCCGGCAAUGACCAGCUGUCUGUGUUCAUUUUCCAUGGGGAUACGCGAAGUUCCCCGUGGAGAGUACUGAAAACCAAAGACGUCAUCAUCACAACCUUUGGUACGCUGACUGCCAAUUUCAAGCUGUUGGUCGAAGCAGAGAAACUUGAGAAGGAGGGAAGAGAUGCUAGCCUUGUCAGGAAGAUUCAAGAACAGGCCGUUCUCUUUCUUCCGGCCAGCAAAUUCCACCGAGUCAUCGUAGACGAAGCCCAAAACAUCAAGAACCCCUUGGCAAAGUCCACUAAGGCUUGCUCCAGUGUCAAUGCUACCUAUCGCUGGUGCUUGACUGGAACACCCAUGAUGAACCGACUUGAAGAUUUCCAGUCAUUGCUGGGAUACCUCCGGAUCAGGCCGUACAACAACAAAGACAAGUUCAAGAGCACCUUCGUUCGACCGAUCAAAUCGGGAGGAGGCGGAGGUGAACAGGCAAUGGCCCAGCUACGUGUCCUUGUCAAGUCCAUCUGUUUCCGCCGCACAAAGGAAUCCAAAAUUGACGGCGAGCCAAUUCUUCAACUUCCGCCCAAGGUCAUCGAACAGGUACACGUCGUUUUCAGUGAGCACGAGCAACAGAUGUACGCGACUCUGAAUGCCAACACACAAGAUCAAGUCACAAGAUACCUUAACGCCGGUACCCUGGGUCGAAACUACAGCCAUGUCCUGGUUCUUCUCCUACGGUUACGACAAGCAUGCUGUCACCCCCAUCUCAUGCAUGGAUACAACGCCGAGCCCGCUACAACGGUCGAAGGCGUGAACCUGGUAGCCAACGCGAAAUUGCUGGACAAGACCGUUGUCAGCCGUAUCCAGAACAACGAAAAUGAAGACGACGGCACUUGCCCCAUCUGCAUGGACACAGCCGAGAACGCCGUCAUCUACAUUCCCUGCGGCCACUCCGUUUGUACUGAGUGUUUUGCCCGCAUAUCCGACCCCACUAUCCUCGCCCGUGACGACGAUUCGGGCAUGAUUAAAUGCCAGAAUUGCCGUGGCCCAGUUGAUCCUACCAAGAUCACCGAUGCGAACUCCUUCAAAAUAGCCCAUGACCCGGACGCAGCACCCCAAGAUGCCGCCGCGGAAGAGACAGAGCAGUCCUCAGUCUCGGAUUCGGACGAUUACGACUCCGAUACCUCAACCGAUGGAAAGGCACGGAGACGCAAAAAAGUGUCAUUGGCUGAGCUGCGCAAAGCGGCCCAGAAGAACAAACGCGAGAAAAGAAAGUACCUCCGCCGUCUGGAAAAGACCUGGAUCCCUAGCGCCAAGAUCGACAAGGCGACAGAUAUCCUACAAGCCAACGAAGACAGAGGCCAAGCUGAGAAGACCAUCAUCUUCAGCCAAUUUACCUCGCUCCUGGAUCUACUUGAAGUCCCUAUCAACCGACGUGGCUGGAAAUACGUCCGCUUCGACGGAAGCAUGAACAUCGCAGACCGCAAUGCCUCCGUGGCUGCGUUCACCGACGACCCGGACGUCAGAAUUAUGCUCGUCUCUCUCAAGGCCGGAAAUGCAGGCCUGAACCUCGUCGCCGCGUCGCAUGUUAUCCUGUUCGACCCGUUCUGGAACCCUUAUGUCGAGGACCAGGCUAUUGAUCGUGCUCAUCGCAUCGGUCAGAAGAGGGACGUUUUCGUGCAUAGGUUGUUGAUUGAGGGCACUGUUGAGGAUAGGAUCAUCGAGCUUCAGAAUAAGAAGCGCGAGCUGAUUAGUGGUGCUCUUGAUGAGGGUGGCUCGUUCAAUGUGUCUCGUCUGGAUACUCGGGAGUUGGCUUAUCUCUUCGGCGUGCGCCAUGAUUGA